CUCUAUUCAAUGCCUCAAAGGCUCAAACGCAUAGAUAAACAACUGACGCGGCGACGGCCCUCGUUCUAUUCUCAACAGGGUGUUUAUUACGCUCACCGACGCUAAAGAUUUCGUUGCUAAUCCGUGAUUAUUAGAAUAAAAUUCAUAAACUCCCUGUUUGCUUCAAAUUGUUCCUUUUCUUCCGUCUGCGAAACCCUAAUUUUAACGGCAACCUAAUAAACUUUUCAGCUCUCUGAAUCUCUCAGUAGUCUGAGGGAGACUAUAGUUUUCUGCUUUAGAUUGGGGUUGUGCAGGGAAUGGCAUCUGUUUCCAGUCAGCCACAGUUCCGUCUCACACAACCUCCAUCAAAGGUGUUGCACUUGAGAAACUUGCCAUGGGAAUGCACAGAAGAGGAGUUAAUUGAGCUAGGGAAGCCCUUUGGUAAAGUUGUCAACACAAAGUGCAAUGUUGGAGCAAACAGAAAUCAAGCUUUUAUAGAAUUUAUGGAUUUAAAUCAAGCUAUUGCAAUGAUCUCAUACUAUGCUUCGUCGUCAGAGCCUGCUCAGGUACGGGGGAAGACUGUCUACCUGCAGUAUUCUAAUAGGCAAGAAAUAGUCAACAACAAGACGACAGCCGAUGUUGCUGGAAAUGUAUUGUUGGUAACCAUUGAAGGUGCAGAUGCACGUCUUGUCAGCAUUGAUGUUUUGCACCUGGUGUUUUCUGCUUUUGGGUUUGUACAUAAGAUUACUACAUUUGAGAAGACAGCUGGAUUCCAGGCACUGGUGCAAUUUUCUGAUGCAGAAACUGCCUCUUCUGCAAAAAAUGCCCUGGACGGAAGAAACAUCCCUAGGUAUCUGCUUCCUGAACAUAUCGGACCAUGUACCCUUAGGAUCACAUAUUCUGCGCAUACAGAUUUGAGUGUAAAAUUCCAAAGCCACCGGAGCAGGGACUACACUAAUCCAAACCUUCCUGUUGCACCAUCAGCAAUAGAUGGAAGUGGAAUGUUCACUGUUGGUCUUGAUGGGAAAAAACUAGAACCUGAGAGUAAUGUUCUUCUAGCAUCAAUUGAGAACAUGCAGUAUGCUGUCACCUUGGAUGUUUUGCACAUGGUUUUUUCUGCGUUUGGGCCUGUCCAGAAGAUUGCAAUGUUCGAUAAGAAUGGCGGACUUCAGGCUUUAAUUCAAUACCCUGAUGUACAGACAGCUGUUGUUGCAAAGGAAGCGUUGGAAGGUCACUGCAUCUAUGAUGGGGGGUUUUGCAAACUUCACAUCUCAUAUUCACGUCAUAGUGAUCUCAGUAUAAAGGUUAACAAUGACCGGAGUCGAGAUUAUACAAUUCCUAACCCAGCAAUGGUGAACCCCCAGCCUUCUAUUCUGGGGCAACAGCCUGUUCCUACUGUUGGCCCUCCGGCUCAUCCAUACAGUGGAGCUCAGUUUGCUCCACACACAGAGCAUCCAGUGAUGCCUCAGCCUUCAGCUGGAUGGACUGCUGCUGUUCCAGCUGGACCCCAUUCGAUGCCUCCGCAGAUGAAUAAUCAUCCUUACUUUCCAUCUGGAGCAAUGCCACCCCAAAUGGGCCCUGGAAUGAUGCAGAUGCCAGGCCAUACUGGCAUACAACAGGGUGCACCAAUGCCACCUUAUAGACCUGGUCAGAUGCAAUAGUGUGUGAUCAAUUAGUAGUUGUAUCUAUCGGUUUCGUGUUCAACAAUCUGCAGCCUUUUAAAGGACAGUUGCCUCCCCACGACCCAGUCUACCUGCAAAGUGUCAAAUUUGAAAGCUGAAGUAGUUUAUAUAUUUUUUCUGUUUCAGCAAUUUUGCAGUUGAGAUUAUUAUGUAAACAGGGAGCUUGAGGACCUUUCGCAGGUCCACCACUGUUAUGAACCUUGGUUGUAUUGGGUGAUAUUGUGAUUUUCAAGACACUCUCAUUUGUUAUUAUAUUUCUUCACUGGCA